AUGACCUCCCGUCUCAGCGUCGAUGAUGGCGUGCUUGCGGGCCAUGUCCGCCGCUCCAUCCACGUUAUGCCGUUGCCGUUGCCGUUGCCGUUGCCUAUCCCUCAGCCUCACCGUCCCUCAGACUUGGAUGCGCCUGCUCUGCACAACUACAUACACCGCAUCGCGCGCUUGGCGCACCAUACAGACUUUGCGAUGCUUCGUAAGAGGCGAGACGUCACCCCCUCCACCGUCGAGGAGGAGCCGGCCUCCACGCUACCCGACUAUGACCAAGACAUCGGCCAUGCUCCCGAGGAUGACUGGGCCAGACUGCACGAGGGCCGCCCCCAGCGGUCACUUGCGAAAAAGAAGUCAUGGUUCAGCAGUGUCAAAAGCAGCGUGGCUCGUAGCGCAAUCCUCGCGCGAACGACUGUUGAUCAAUGGCGGGCGGACGUGGCGGGCGGCAAGAGCUAUCUGAGCGACGCUGACGACGACGGCGAUCGACUGCGAGACGCGGGUGAUGGAGCCGCAUCAUCACGAGAGUCGUCUUCGGCCCGCGCUUUGCCCACGGCGACGCCCCUGCGACAAACCGGCGCGGAGAGGGAAACGCCUUUCACGCCCAAGACUGCAGCGGAGAGCUUGAGCGCUCAGUUGUUUCAAGGUGCUGCAAAGACGGACAAGACAGAUCGCAAGAAGCAAGGAGCACUGGCGAAAAUCAUCACUUCUGCUCCCACCCCCACCGGACCCGAGGCUUUUGAUCAUGAUCCACUGGACGGCGUUGAAACAACCAAGACGCCAGUCGCCACCAUCAAAGCGCACCGUAGGAAGUCCAGUGUCGCUCGAAGCUUGGCCGGCAGUCUUCGUACACUCCGUCGGCGAGGCAAUCAGUCGACCAAGUGCGAGUCGCCAGCCAAGGCAGCGUGGGACGACACCUUGUCGCCAACGACGAAAGAAGCCACCAGAACUUCACUACCCCCCUCGCCCGUGAAGAUCCCGGCACCAAAUUUGAACCGUUUAGACUUGGCAUCGUCCGCCUCGAUGAGCACGACCUUCAUCCACUCUCCGGGGCUUGAGCGUCACAGUGAAUUGAUGGCACUGACCGAUCCUCCCUGGAAGCACACCCAAAGAGUCCCUACUUAUUACACCAAGCUGCCUGGCGAAGGCCCGGAAGAUCGGCCGCUCUUGUCAGCGAGGUCCUCUCGCGAUGCAUCUCUGACUCCCUCUGAAUUACUCGACCUUCCCACCGAUGAUUUCGGAUUGAGCAUGCCCGAUGAGCCUGCCACGCCAGCUACAGUGCUGCCUGGAAAUAGCGUCCACAGAGGACUUGACGGCGCCAAUGACGAGACUGCAGUAUUUGAACGAAGUGUGGAGUCCAAGCACAGCGCCUCAAAGCAAAAAGACAAAAAGCUCAAGAAGAUGGGAUCAAUCGAUGCCCUGGCCGACCGAUGCGCUCGUGCUAUUGGAUCCCCAGUCGACACAAGCCUAGGACGGGGUGAUAAGAUCAAAGUAAUGUCAAGGCAGACUACGGCCAGUGCCUGCCAUUCGGACAUGCCACCGCUUACUCGACAGAUGAAUCAAAGGAUCGUAGAACUUCAAGGCCCAAGCAACAAGCAUCGUGAUCCAAUCAGUGGACCAUGGCAGAGCGGAGACCCUUUUGCGCCUGCUAAGGCGGUGAAAGGUAUUAGGGUACCAUCUCCAGAACGGACUAUUGAACUACCACUGCGCCCGAAAAUUCGCGUCCAGUCUGUCAAUGGGUCUCGACCACAUACCAUCGAUAUGUCGCCAGACCGAGCAUCCGCGGAGGACAACUUCCCGCUCGCACUUUUGGCACAGCAGAGAGCCAAUUCCAGGUCUGUGUCAGAGGCCUCAACCAAGAUCUGCAUCAACACCCCAUUCGAUGAAUCUGAGCGUGAGCUGCGCAGAAAGCCAUCCGUGGCCGAUAGCCUGCAGCAGCUGCAGGAACACACAAACGAUAUUGAAAAGGGUUACGCAGAGCGGAGCAGCAAAUCGCAUCGCGAGAAAUCAGGCGGGAAUGCCGAGACAACGAAAGCAGAGCAGCCACGCCCUCAGGAGCAAGCCGGAGACAGCCCCGUGGCUACCUCCAUUUAUCAAUUUAUUUCAUCGCAUUCCUCCAGCCCGCAUCGCAGCCGUCCGGGCACAACGCAUUCGCCAGAUAUGGGCAAGGCGUUUUGGAAGGAAGUGACUGGGCCAACUCCGCAGAAGUCGACGGAGGAGCGGAAAAAGACAGUCCAGCAAUGGGUGCAAACUCAGCAAACCGAUGCGGGCACUCCAGGGGUCCAGCAUUCACCACGGCACUCUGACGAGUAUCCUGACGUGGUCUCGAUUUCCAUCGAUGAGGAUAGGACUACCCCACCGCUUAGUCCUCAAGACAGUACCCCCAAUAUAACGCCAAGCAUGGGUGACCGCUUAGACUUUGAUGCGAGGAGGUCGGAUCGCAACAUGCGUUACAAUGCUCUAAGAAUGGCGGCACAUGAGUCGCCGCCCCCGAAAAGAGAGGGUUGGCCGGAUCCGGGCGAGAUCCCCUCCUCGCUGCGACCUGUCCUCCAGUUGAUUACCAGUGACGAAGAAGGUAGCGAGCGUGGUGCAGAAGGAUUUGAAGACGGUCGAGCAGCACCAUCGCCGAGCCUUGCCUCUUCAUAUCGCAAGAAGAUUGCCCAUGAGUUUCACUACUCCAAGGAGUUGAGUUCAGACAGCAUUGAGGCGGAUCUGCAGGAGGCAAUACAGGACAACUAUGCCUUCCAACUUGCGAUGUCUGGAGUAGAUCUGAGCGACUCCUUUGGAGAAGCUUGCGCUGCCGGACCAACCUCAAGCCCUUUCGUGCCUUUCCAGGAGAACGUUGAUGCAGCAGAACCAAAAAGCCUUGCAUGCCCGACACCGCGAAGUGACUCAGCCGCCGGAAGUUUAUCGUCAAAAGACUCCAAAGUCUACACCUUUCGAGCGAAAUCUAUUGAAGAGCCAGAUCCCGUUGCUAUCACAUCGGGUGAAGUGGUCGCACCAAUGUCGACCAGUCACGUGGAGGAUAGCCUUGAUGACGCUCUUGAGAUGUACAUCAGCUACAACGCCUCGCAACAGGCAGUCGACACUGCUUCAACAUUUCGUAACGGUCGAGCUCAGAGCGUGAAAGCCUUCGACUCAAGCUCACUCUGCUCCGGAAACGAAUCCGACGCUGAGAAUCGAAAAUGCCGCAGUUCAAACGAUGACCGUGCUUCGCUGUCAGACCAGGCUAGGAUUGACGCACUCAUGGACAGCCCAAGUUCGGUGAGGAAGUCCAGACCGGCUAGAUAUGGGAGCCGGAAGAACAGACAGUUGUGA